GCGGGCGAUCCGCCGUGAAGAUGGAGGCGCCGUUUUACCCCGAGGAAGGACUGGAACUGCUGCCCGACUUCGUGCCGCUGCCGGGUUUCGGUACCGCCGGCGGACCUGGAGCCGAUGCGGCGGCGGGGCAGAAGCUGCUGCUGGGUGCCGGGAAGAAGCGGGACCUGCCGGCUGCCGCCCCCGCGCCGCUCCCGGGGCCCUUCGCUCUUCGCCCGCCUGCCGGCGCCCGCGGCAGCGCGGCGGCUCUGCGGGCCGUUCCUCUACCGGCAGCCGGUGACGCAGGAACAGGAGGGUUUCGCCGACGGUUUCGUCAAGGCCCUGGCCGACCUGCACAAGCAGAACCAGCUCCUGGCGGCACCGCCGCCGCUCUCCGCGCCGGGACCCUGCUGCACCGCCCGCCCGGGGCCACCGGGAGCCCCCGCCACUGCCGCCGCCGACCCUCCGGCCGUCUACACCAACUUGAGCGGCUUCAACCCCGCGGGGCCGCUGAGCCCCUCGGGCAGCGCCUACCCCUCCGCCUCCGCCCCGCCACCGCCGCCGGGCCUGGCCUUCGGGGCCGCGGGUCUGGGAAGCGGCCGACUGCCGCCGGCGCGGUCCCUGGAGGAGCCGCAGACGGUGCCCGAGGUGCCGCCGUCGGCGGGCGGGGAGGGUGGCGGCAGCGCGCCGACGCCGCCGUCGCUGUCGCCGCUGGACGCGGAGAGCCAGGAGCGGCUGAAGGCAGAGCGCAAGCGGCUGCGAAACCGCAUCGCCGCCUCCAAGUGCCGCCGGCGGAAGCUGGAGCGCAUCGCCCGGCUGGAGGAGAAGGUGAAGGCGCUCAAGGGGCAGAACGCCGAGCUGGCCGCCACCGCCAACCUCCUCCGCGCCCAGGUCACCCAGCUGCAGGGUCGCGUCCGCAGCCACCUCUCCUCUGGCUGCCACAUCAACGCCGCCGGGCAUCCUCCUCCUCCUCACGCCGCCGCCCAGCCGCGGGAGACUCCCCCCGAGGCGGCCGCCGCCGCACCGGAGACCAGCGCCUGCUGAGGAGGGACACCCCGCCGGCUCCGGCCCCAGGGACCCGGGGGCACCGCGGGGCCAAGGUGCGCGCUUGCUGCCGCCCUUCUGCUAUUAUUAUUAUUUUUAUCAUUAAUUAUUAUUAUUUAUUUGCGCCCGGAGACGGCGGGUUUUUUGCGGGAGCCGGGUGUUGCUAAGCAUUUCCCGAGUUCUGUUGAUGUCGCAUUCAGCAGCGAGGGUCUCCGUGGGUGGUUCUGGGGCACGUGGUUGUUAAUUUUUCAGUGAAGUACUUGAGGUCUGUAGAGAUUUCCGAAAAUAAGAAAAUUACUGUUUACAGAAAGAUUCAACUUUAUUUUCAUGGGGGAUAUAAUACGUGUGUUUCCUAAUACACCUUACUGAACUGUAUAGGAAUGGAUAAGCUUUUCAAACUUAAAAAAAAUUAGCCGGAAUCGUACCUUUUGAAAAGAUGUGCGUGUAUAUAUAUAUUUAAAAUAUAAUAUGGCUAUGUAUAUUUUCUUGGUAUUGAUAAAGAACCUUUUUUAAAAUACUGUCUUUCUCUAGAGCUUUAAUUUGCCAUUGAGAGUUAAGACAGCUGUGUGGGUGCUCUUGCACUUAUAUGGCUUUGAUUUUCAAAUCGAACCCUGGAGGGAAAUGAUUUUUGUUGUAAAUCUUAAAGCAGAUUGAAUUGCAUUGCUGACUCAGUCAUAGGAAAAUAGUUUUCUAAACCUGUAUGCUCCAUAUUUCUUGUGCCAGUGCAAACUUGGGGCAUUGAUAGUUAUUUAUUGAAACUUGAACACUUUUUGGACGUUGCCUAGACCUUAUUUUUCUAGAUAACACGUCAGUAGAGAAAAUGGUUACUUUGGCAAAAAGAGCUUUAUUUUUUUUCCCUUCACUGUGUACAUUCCAGUAGUGUGUGCUCUUUCCAUAGUAUAGUAACAAUUCAGUGCUAUACAGAAAAGGGCUCAGAUUUGGGGUGGGUUAGCUGUAAAGGUGAUAAUUCCAUUGUAUUCUGUUUGAAUAAAUCACAGAAAUAUUAUGGAGGACUAGAUUUAUUUUUCAGUAGAAAUCUGUGUAUCUUGCUUCUUGGUCUACUUUGUUCUAAAGAAACUUUCUGCAAUACUCUAGAGACAGAGUCAAUGCUAGAAUGUGAAGUGUUUUUCUGUUUGGGAAGAUUCAGUGUGAUUUAUUUCUUUGUCAAGAAUUUACUAGUAGAAGAGUAUAGCAAAGGAACUAUUUCUUCUGAUUAGACAUAAUCCUCAAUAAGUUUUUGAAAGCUUUAGGUCCCUUGCUCGGUGCCACUGCCUUCCAUGCUUCUGCUGCACCUGUGUUUUUCGAGCAUAGCCGCUAGCGCAGCGCUGCCGAGCCCUGUGGCAAUGGUGCGGUGGGAAGGGUCUGUCGGAGUGUGACUGUCACCUCACCAGAAGCCCCUUUGUGCAGGGGCCGCGGGCCGGCCCUGCUGCUGGGGAAAGGCAGGGCUUCUCCUGAGCAGAUCCAGCUGCAGUAUGGGGCCCUCUUCUCUCGUUGAAACUGUGCUAAAAACUCUGCUUGAACUCAGAGGCAAAUCUUUCAUGGGGAUAUGUGUCUGUGCCAGCUGGUGAAAAGGGGUAUGAGGAGCCAAGAGGGCAUAGACGUCUCUAUGUGUACAGCAAUUGCUCAGAUCUGUUAAAGCCACUCAGGAGCUGGUAAACAUCUCUCACAUCUUCUGAAGGCUACAGCUGAUGAUUUGAAAUCCAGUAAGAAUGGGAUAGACUCACGGUUUUUCAUGCUAUUAUUGGGGAUAUGUGAGUGCUAUCUGUUCAGAAAGUUGAGCUGAAGCAAUCAAGUGUAUGAGCAAAAGCUCAUACACUUUUAGUGCAGUCAUUCCUAGCACAUGUAUGAAGUUAUAUGAGAAUGGGUAGUUACACUCUUUCUGUAGCUGAGAUAGCUUGGAGGAUAUUUCUUAAUGCAUAUGCAAAUUAGGUAGAAGCCAUAUUAAUAAUUGUAUAACUGUUCGAUCAUGUCACCAGAGCCUUUUUUGGUGGUUGAAAUGAUUGCCUGCAACAGUACAUUCUGCUGUUAGAAUUACUAAUGAGCAGAUUUAAAAAUAUUUUGAUCUUAACACAGGUUCAAAGACUUCUUAGGGGCAUUCUGAACCAUACUGCAUACAAUCUGUAGCACUGCCUGUUACAUAAUAACUGGGUGAAAAAUAGGAUUUUUUCUUUGGUAGUUGUCGUCUGCAGAGAUGCUGCAAGUCUGGAGAAACUGCUAAAAAACUUCUUCCCCCCACACUUAACACUUUUCCAUAGUGAGUAAGGUAGAUGUGAGAUACUUUACUGCAUAUGUAAUAAGGUGGGGAUUUUUUAAGGAAUCCUGGAAGAAAUUGUAAGAAUUUUUGGGUGAGCAUCUCUUCUUUGGUCCUUGUCUUUGUAUUUGAGUGUAGGGCUAGGUAAAGAUCUUGUGGUAGAACACAGAACAACGACGAAUGCAGCUGUGCAAUGCUUCUUUACUUAUUUUUAAUUUCUGCUCAUAAUAGAUUAGCAAUAUCCAAGCAACAUAGGGGAUCCAUAAGGCAUGGGAAAUCACUGCAGUUCCCCUUCCCAGACACAGGCAAGACUCUAGUGGGCUAUAGUCUAGCAGGGUUACAGUGAGCUCCCCCUUUCCAGAAUGGUAAUGUUAAAGCUGAAAACCACCCCACAUUACCUCACUUGAGUUUGAACUAUGUGCAAGAGCAGUCUCACACACAGCAUCUCAAAGACCUCAUAUGGUAACUUCUUUGAUAGCCUGCUUUCUGUUCUAGCUGACAUCUGCAGUGGUAGAAGUGGUGACAGGCCAGCUCUCUUACCCUGAUGACUGAUGAGAGAUUACUAGUGAGGCUGGCAGUUUCAGCUCCCUGCCAGAGGCUACCGCUCUGGUAGUGGAGUCAUCCAAAAGAAAUAUGUUUUCUGUAGAGUGGUCAGUUACCUUCAUAAAUGGCUUUUUUAUCUGGCAUUUAGGCUGAGAAACAGGAUCUAACAGUGACAUGACCAAAAUUUGAGAAUAGUGUUGGGGUGUUUGUACUUUUUUUUCCUGCUUGGACUGGUUCUGCUAGGGUUGCUGCAUUUUUCCUGAUUUUGAGUUGAAAGCCUAAGCACCUAACACUUUAAACCAAUAUUAAAAGACUCAGGAGUACCUACCUGUUGCAGCUGUCAGACUUGAUUGUUCCUGUCUUCUAAAACUUAUCAAUACUCUGACUUUUAGCCCUGCAGUGUUCAUAAACCUUUAAAUAUGGCCUCUCUAUUUUGUCUGCCUUUUUUCUUCAGUUUGUUGUUAAACAUAAGUGUAUUUUAGGUUUUUUUGGUUUUCUGCCGAAAACUUUGGUCACUGUGAGACAUUAAAAGAAAGAUACUGGGUAAAAAAUUUUCAGACUGUUUAUAUGAUUUGCAUCCAUGUAGCUCCUUUUCAGUAAUUUCAAGCAAGCUGGCUGUGUGUUACUGUAAGGGAAAAAAAAAAGAAAAUUACCAAAACCCCUCAAAAACAAAAUAAAAAAGCAAACAAAAAAAAAUUAAAAUCCCCAAAUAAAAUAAUUAUGUUCACUGUUAGCUCAGUGCUUUUUAGCAUUUUUUUUUCAUUCUUCAAAACUACCAUGCUUUGUUAUACUUGUGCAUACUAUUGUCUAGUCCUUGCAAAGACUCAUGGUGCAUGACUUGAUUUGCAGGCUACCCUUCAUGUCUUUCCAAUAUGGUUUUCAGUCUAGAUGUGAACCCAUGACAAACAUCCCCUGUUUCUUUGCCCCAGGUGUAAUCUCCUCUGGAGACUAAAUAGUCUCCUUUGUCUGUUUUGGUUGCUGGAUGUGCAUAUGGUUUUUUAAAUUUUUGAAUGUGCUUGAACUAAUAUCUUGGUUUAGAUGUGAAGUGCCUUCUUAUUCAGGUGCUACAGCAAAAGAGUUUGAUUCAUAUAUGGAUUUGAUAUAUUUGACUUGUUAUCAGAUCUUUUCUGUCUUGGGAAGUAGGAGGGGGAAUGUUUUCAGUAAGAGAAGACUUGUUCACUCCUUCCUUGGGCAGAGGGUGGAACCCCCAUCAGAUCUGGUGCUGCUUGAUGUGGGUGCAAGGAAGCCACUCUGAUAGCAUUGACUAAAAUGAUGCCAUUUGAUGCUAGGAAAGUUGAUUGGUUUGGUCUUCAGUGUAGUGAAGUCUGUUGGAAUCACAAGGUCUCCAGAGAGGUCCAAGUAGCUGGUGAGUUGUUCUUAAAACUUUUAAUGUGAUUCCAGGUCGAGCCCAUUCGGUAUGCUUAGAGAGCCUUUCCAAAAGCAAACACUUUGCAUACUUUGAGAAUCAUAGGUGUUUGGUCAUGAUAAGUCCUGAUCAUGGUGAGGAGUGAUUUUGGUGGUGAUGGUCAUGUUUUCUGUUAUAAGACUUUGAUGGUCUUCCAAAAGAUAAAUAUCUCAACACAUCUGGACUCUUCACUGUAUGCCAGUAGUUACUACUGACUAUCAUGCUCUGUUUGAGAUCAAGGGUGGAUCUAUGACAGUUCUCUGUCAUCUUGGUUUGUGUUUGUAUCUUUCCAGAAGAAAGAGUCAUGAGGCAUCCUUCAUUCCUUUAAAUAUCUGAUUGACUCUCUGUCUCACCUUUGACAAAGGAGUGACCUCCCCAGGUUAAGCCCUGAGGCAUUCUGCAGUUUGCGACUGUUAAAGUGGAAAUUGAUUUGGCAACUAAUUUUUAAUCAGUUAUAUAAGUGAUUGAUGCUUCCCAAAAUACUGAAUAGUAUUGUUUGAUAGUGUCUGAAGUACAGGUGCAUGCCAGGUCUGAAUUAUUAGUUGUGCUGAAAAUAACAUCUUGGCUGCCAUAACUAGAGUCCUAACUAUUUGAAUCCAGCAGCUUCUUAGAGAAAAUUUUUCUAUGUAUGAGAUUAAUAUGCAAGAGAAAAAGACCCAUCUACUUGUAACAUAGAUCAUUCUUUGAUGCAUUUUAUGUGUCCUGCUUCUGGAGUGCAAGUUAAAAAAGGAAAGCAAUGAGUAACAUUUUAGUUUAUUCAUAUGUGCAGCUGUAAUUGCUGCUGGGUAAUUUUGUUCUUUCCUUACUUGAUUCUCCAAGUUUCUAUGUUUAGCAAGUGGACAAAUUGGAGUAUGACAUAUCUGUGUACAUAUUUGAUUUGUACAAAAUCACUUCCUUUUUUCCAGGUUUUUUUUUAAAAGUUUUACUGUAAGAAUGAGUGUUGAAGAGUUCUUACCCUGUUUUGAUGCUCAUUGGUCAAUUCUUUUGAUCAGUAGUGACUGCUGUAGUGACUCUGUAGUCACUGCUCAUCUUCCAGCAGAGGUGGGCAUCUAAACCCAGUAAAGUCUGUCAGGGAUUCACCUCUUUCCGUAUUUGGCAAUACCUGUAUCAGCAGAAAAAAUCUUGGACAAAAAACUUUCACAGUGCAUAGUAAUCCUGCAAAUGUUAACUCAUCCUUCUUACACCACAGUCACUUGCGUCAGGGUUUAGUGUACCUGAUGAAGAAUGAUAAAUGUUCCUGUGACAAAGUGCAGAAUCUGAAGUUUGUAAGACCCUUGUUAAUCUUGCCGCACAUGGUGCAACUCCACUAUGAAGAUGUUGAAUUAAAUCUGAAUAUAUGGAGACUCAGGUCUUUAUGGUAAAUUAUGGGGGACAAGAGGUUUUAGUAAUUCUUGAUUACUCCUCUCCAGUGUUUCAGAGAUCUGUCUCUUUUUAUUCUAUGAAGUGUCUUGCAGCUGUUUGUGCUGUGAAACUUCUCUCUUCAUAAAGACUCAGUUACUUGGAGGCGGGACAGAAGCGACUUCUCCAUGAACUGGUCAUGUGUGACAAGCUAAAUGUAGGUUUCUGAGAAACACUGCAACAGUGAGUGCACAGUAGAGAACCUGCUGUUGUUUCUGUGUUGCUAAAAGAGUCUAGAAAUGCAUUCACAUAAAUCAUAACGAGAGUAGCUUUCCGAGGCACCAUCCUGUUGCCUUGCUACGGGCAUUGAUCCUCGCUGUUUGCCUUAGUCUGGGAGCACUUUUUCUUAAGCUAUUGCAUACCUGAAGGCUUACUUUCUGCAUCAAUGUAGUCACAAACCGGAUCUCUGCUUGGAUGUUGAAACAGUUAGCUUCAAAUGGCUCAGUCAGAAUGCCUUGCUCUAGUUGUCUCUGGAGUGUCCCACUGGGGAGACAGUGGUGGGGGGAAGGAAACCAAUGCAGGAUCUGUAUCUUCACACCAGUGCUGUGCACUGAAAUGUAACUUUCAGUAGAGUAGUCUUGACAAAAGUGUGUUGCUGAUGUAAAAACUCUGAAUCUUGAUCUUGUGUCUGCAUGGGACAUAAGUUCUUGUGCUGGAGUCCUGCUUGGGCAGUAUCCUCUCAAGUCAGUGAGGACUAACUGAAGAAACAGCAAAUCCAGCCUUUAUGAACUAAUUCUUCUGAAGCACAGAUACCUGGAAAUUCAUGUCAAGGUGUUGUGUGUAGACAUCAGCAUACAUAGAGAAGGGGAUGGCCAAAGGAAGGAACUGGGAUUUUCUUAGCUGCAACAGUACACAGUGGGGUUUUUCAUAUGCUUUUGUUGUGGUCAAAUUCUUCCAGAAGACAACUAUGCUGCAUUUCUUUGUGUGAUCACAAGGUGAUUUUUUAGAUUUCCAGUUAAAUUGGAGGACUGUCAAGGCUUGCAAUGCUAAAUUAACACAAAAAGAGAACUUACUUUGAAGUCACAUUUAGCCUUAAUGCUAUCUGAAAUGCUGCAGUUCAUGUGGAGUAGUUUACUUCAAGGUGAAAUUAUGAUUAUCAUAAAUAAUGUUUUAAAGUAGUCACCCUAAAUAAUUACCUACGUGAUGUUUGCUUUUUUGUCUGCUGUCAAAAAGUCUUUAUCCAUAGCAUAGCUAGCUGUAAAUGGAGCUUUAUUCUCAAUUUCUAGUACUAGUAACAAAUAGGGUCUGCAAUAGUUUCAGGAGUAAAUGUUCUGGUUAAAGAAUGACCAUUUCUUUAGCCAGAACAAAUGCUUUGAAGUGAUGGUUGGGUUUGAAGCCUUGCUGACAUGGAGAUAAUAGAUAUGACCAGUUCACUGUGCACUAAUACACUGCUACGUUCUGAUAUUUAGCACACUGCUGACAAGAUUUACUACUACUGUUACUUACUGGUUAAGAACCAUGUACAGGUGGAAUUGUAAGUCACCUAAAUAGGGUCCAUGCAGCCUUGGAGAGCUGUCUUGCUGGAGAUCAGUAAAAGACUCCCAUCCCAUACAAAGGGGAGGAGAAAAAUCAUUGGUUGCAGUCUCUGUUUUGGUUUUGCAAGUUCAAUUACCUUUUUAGGUUGAGUCCUGUUUUAUCUCAAAAUUUAUUUGAAUAAAUUUGAAAACCUUUCUAAUAAGUACCUUGAAGCAUGUCUUGCAAUUGUUCAGUUUCAAUCAGUGUUUGUCCAAUUGUGGUAUUACUUCUGUCAUAGAUGAAGAAAGCUGGAGCUGUUAAGAGUCAGGCUUCUCACUGCAUCCCUGUUCUUAAACAAUGGUCUGAAUAGGUGAAAAAUCAUGACCAAUAGCUUGAACUCUGAGGAGUUGUUUGAUACCAUUUUCUUGUCCUCUUCAGACAGCUUCCCACUGCCCCAAGGGAUGUGUCCCUCCUGCCUCAUAUGGAAAAUUGACCUUUAAGAACUAACUGUUUUAAAAUAACUAACUAACUAACUAACUGACUAACUAAAUAUAGUCUUCUGGUACAUGCUGAGUAAUUUGAAAGAUAACAUACUGAACUUGAUAAUUUUUCCCAUACCUCUGUCUCAAAAAUCUUCAGAUUUUCUUGUAAAGCAGGACACAAGCAAUGGAGUAGUGUCAAAUAAAGUUAGUGUGCUGCUCCAGAGAAUGUAUUUUGGAUAGUCUUCUUUUUUCCUAAUAAUAGCUAUGGAAAGAGAGCAGUAGAGGAUACUGAUAUAUAACUUGCUGUUCUUCACAAGUAGAGACAGAGUUUGAAUUCUUGGAUUUUUCCAACUUUUACCAUUCUGUUUUUUAACAUCCUUCAUGGGAGGGUAGCAGAAAUAGUGAGGAAAUGCUAUUAGGGAGUUAAAUGUUCUUGUUAUAUCCAGUGUCACGUAAGUUAUGGCUGUAAGUAGCUCGGACACCUUCAGAAAAGGGAUUACUAAAACGCUGCCAAAGUGUUUAUGUCAAUCCAAACGAUUUUGUGCCAGUUACUAAAAUGGUAUUGUAAAUCCUUGUGAUUUUUGACAGUCUUUUGACAGUCUAAGUCAAAUCACUGCACAAGCUGAUAUGUCCACAUGGUAUGAUAUCAGUUUCCCAGCAGUCCAAUAGUGUCUAAUGAUGUUUACUUCUUUAUUCCUUUCCCCACUGGUAGUAGUUAGAGAUGAUGGUCGAAGUUAUCAGCAGCAGGAACGAGAAAAAAAAAUUGAAUUCAAGGAAAAAAUAAUACUUAUCUCUGAAACAGUAUUUAAUGGUAGUAUUUGUAGUAUGUUUAAGUAGCAGAUAAUUAGGACUGCUAUUCAGAAUGCUUUUUAACUUUGUUUUGUUAUUACUGCAUAAGUGUCUUCUAAAUGUCUCUUCUUUAGAAACUGUGCCCCUGCCUGCUUGGCCUGAUGACUAGUGAUUUCACACUUACCCUUAUUUAUUUAAAGCCAUGCCAACCACCAUACUGAAAUGUCAUCAAGUAAAGCCCAGGUCUGCAUGCUGACUGGUGAUGCAAAGGUCUGCUCUCUAAUAAAAUGCAGCCCAUGAAGGACGAGCUCCAAAAGGCAGCUACGCCCUGUCUUCAAGCAUUUGCUCUAAUUUCAAGGCUUUGCCAUGUGGUGUUGCUCAAUGUGCAGCAAAACAAGUUCUUGCGAGCCCCUUGAGCAUUCCUCCACGUGUAACAGAUUAAAUAUUCAGGCUUUGUUGACUCUCCCGCAUGGCCCCCAAGGAAAAAAAAAAAAAAAAAAAAAAAAAAACCAAACCCAACAGAAUUAAACCCAAACCUGAAAUAAAAGACUCAACACAAGUAUAUAUUGGAGAAUUGUUUUGCUUUGUUGCAAAGUGCUGUUAAUUACAGAGAUGCUUAGUGCACUUCUGACAUGUGAGCCAUCAAUCUAAACACUCCCAACAGUGAUUUUGCUUUGGUUGUGCUUUGCUGCUUUGUACAGGACAAAGGGAAGGGAGUAAGUGUUGCAAUAUGUAUUGUGCAAUUCCUGACUUUUAAAUAGAAAAUGAUAGGCAAGUCUGCAUAGUCUUGCACACCAAAAUUUAGCCACUGAUUUUUGCCCCUCCCACUCUUCCUUAUCAGGAAUACUGGCUAAUCAGGAAUACCGGCUUCUUAAGGUCAAAAAGAGAGAAGGGGAAAAGGGUGGAGAGAUUAAGAAGUGGCAGUACCAGAGGUAUCUUGCUGUGAAGGGCCUUGGGCCUCCUUGGCCUUAAAGCUCAAUCUGUAAGGUUACCUCUAGUUUAUGAUAUCUGAGGGUAAUUCUUAGACUCCCAGCGCAGCAUCUUACCAGGAAAGGCAGCUGGGUCUGUAUUGCUGAAUAAGUCUUUUGGUAAAGUAGCUCUUCAGCUUUCUGUGUUUUUCCAUCCGUGGAGUUGUAGCACAUUCUUCCAGGGCAAUUUCUCUUUCCUGUAGUGUCUCAUCUAAAGUUCACUUGUUGUUCCUACAGUUUCUGCCUACACUGAAAAAUCUUUCUGAGGUUUGGGGGACCAUACAUGUGCCCUCACUGUGUGGUGUUUGUGAUGGCUAAUCUUGUAUGACUUGAAAGAGAUCCCCUUAGAAAGGAGUAGCUCCAGUUAGGUGCAGACUGGGAAAGAUUAAAUUAAUUAUUCUUUGUGCAGUAUGUCUUUCUGUCAGUUCAACAGAGGAACUAACUCUCAUAGAUAAAGGAGAGGUCUUGGGCAAUAGGGCCCAGCUUUGAAAACCCUUGGUGAUUUCUGGUUCUUGCUGAGCUUCUCUGAUGCAGAAAACACUGAAUGAUCUGCAUUACUAUAAUCACAAUAUCUUGCAAUAUCAUGGGCUGGGCUGCUGGUAGUAUCACGUAUGUUCUGUGGUCCUUACUGGGAUUCAUGCCACAUGCUGAUUAACAGCAUAAGGGAUUUCCUGUAAAAGCUAAGAAUCCCUCCAUGUUGUGUCACCACCAGCAUUUCCAAGCUCUCUUUUUGUCCAAAAGGAGUGUGAGCAAAUUGCUACUUCCUACAGUUCUUCAAUCCAAGCUGGUUCUUCAUAGGCCUUCAGGCAUGGCACUUCCUCCUUCAGGGUAGCUCUUCAAAAUCAGAAGUGGAAGCAGAGCAGUUCAAACUGGGCUUUGCUCUUCCAGCAGCUGACAAGCAACUAGUUGGUGGGUGGGUGUUUGUCUGCAUCCUUUCUUGGGUUUUUUAAAAAGUUGGGUUAUGUAUACAUUCUUAUUCUGCCUUACUAAAUUAGCUGGCACAGAGGAAGCCUCUGAGAAACUCUUUAAAAAUCUCUGCUUUUGGUAGAAUUUUAUAAAAUUGCAGCAUGUGACUAAAUUUAAAAAAACCCAAUGAAACAAAAAACCCAACAAAACAAAACAUAAAAUAAACGAACAAAAAAAAAAAAAAA